AUGGUUUCUAACUGGAGAGACGUUUACCUAGGGGCUGCUGCUACAGCAACAACACUAUUUGUCUUUUACGAGCUCAAACAGGUUUUUUUCGACCCAAGGUACGCGGCUUCUAAACCUCCUGCCCCAAAAGUCAACGGGCUACCAGAUCUUAUAGGAAAUACUCCUAUUGUACGAAUAAACUCACUUUCCAAGCUCACGGGAUGUGAUAUCUAUGCCAAACUCGAGCUCACCAAUAUUGGUGGCUCCUCCAAGGAUCGGGUAGCGUACGAACUUAUCAGAGCGGCUGAAGCAUCAGGAAAGCUUCUUCCCGGCAGAGGCGAUGUGAUCUUUGAAGGCACUUCUGGAUCCACAGGGAUUUCCCUCACCACCGUUGGACGGGCUCUUGGAUACCGAGUACAUAUUGUGCUUCAAGAUGAUACUUCUCCUGAGAAAAUCACAUUGUUGGAGAGUUUGGGAGCCACAGUAGAAAAAGUCAAGCCGGCGCUGAUUGUCGAUCCUGACCAGUUUGUCAAUCUUGCAGAAAAAAGGGCAAUUGAAUUGACUUCUGACCCUUCAACUCCAGCCAUGGGGUUGUUCGCUAAUCAGUUUGAAAACGAUAAUAAUUGGAAAGUCCACUACAACCAUACUGCUCCAGAAAUUUUCUCGCAAAUGAAUGGCAAGCUCGACGCGUUUGUUGCCGGGGCUGGUACCGGUGGUACCAUUUCUGGGAUCGCCAAAUAUUUGCGAGAACGUAUUCCUCAACUUGGAGUGUAUCUUGCUGAUCCCCAAGGGAGUGGAUUUUAUAAUCGUGUGAACUUCGGAGUGUUAUAUGAUAAAGUGGAAAAAGAAGGCACGAGAAGACGUCACCAGGUCGACACCGUUGUUGAAGGGAUUGGGUUGAACCGUUUGACCCAUAAUUUCCUUGUAGGAGAGGAAUUGAUCGAUGGAGCUGUUAGAGUGUCUGAUAAGCAAGCCCUUAUGAUGGCGAAAUUCUUGACGGUUAACGAUGGGUAUUUCUGGGGCAGUGCCUCGGCGAUUGCUGCUGUUGGGUGUGUCAAAGUGGCCCAACAAUUGGGGCCGGGAAAGAAACUAUUGAUGAUAGCUACCGAUUCUGGAGCUAGACAUUUGAGUAAAUUUUGGAAGAUGGCAGCAAAGGAAGAUAGUGAAAUCACUUUGGAGGAAAUCUUGAAUGAGAAAUGA